CCUCCCGCGGGGCGGCGGGCCCCGAGCGCAGAGCGGCGGCGGCGGGGCGCUGCCGGAGCCCGCUCCGCCGGGCCAUGGCCAGCACCGGCUCCGCGCCCGGGGGCGCGGGCCCGGGCUCGGGCACGGCGCUGCCCACCCGCUUCCAGGAGACGGAGAAGCUGCUGUCGGCGACAGAGGGCCGGGAGGAGAAGGGCCUCCGCGGCUCCAAAUCCUUCACGGCCGCCUUGCCCGGCGAGACGGAGCGCAACGGGCACGGGCUCGGCUACAAGUCGGUGUCGGUCGGGCACCUGGAGGCGCCGCCGCUGUCGCCGUCCCGGCUGAGCCUGGGCAGAGCCUCGUCCACGGCCACCAGCACGGCGGCCCCGGAGCAGGGCCGCCCGCGGGACUACCUGGUGCUCGCCAUCUUCUCCUGCUUCUGCCCCGUCUGGCCCAUCAACAUCGUGGCCCUCGUCUUCUCCAUCAUGUCGAGGAACAGUGGCCAGCAAGGGGACACGGACGGCGCGCGGCGGCUCGGACGCAUGGCCAGGCUGCUCAGCAUCGUCUCCAUCGUGCUGGGGACCAUCAUCAUCGUGCUCUACAUCUCACUCAGCGUCAGAGGUUCCUAGAAGACGUUUCAGCAUGCAAAUACCUUGAAGAGGAGGAAGACAACUUUCCUUUUGGGGUUUUUACUUUCAGCCUUGCAACAAAACAAAAAAAUUGUCACAGUGUAGGUGGGCAGCCCUAGACAGUCUGCUCUGGAGCGGCGUCGGAAGGAACCGCAUGCUUCAAUUCACUCUUGGGAACGAGCCUGUGCCAGGGAUGGCAUCAAAAUCACCCUGAGUAGGAAUGGGAGAGGCCACGUGGAGAGGAGAAGGGGGAAAUCCACUACCUCAUUCCCCUCCAGCAGAACUCACGGAGCGGGGAGACAACUAAAGUGCAAGAGGAGGAGAGAGUCUCCAGAACGAAGCUGGUUUGGGAAGGGAGAAUCCGAGGCGAGAACCGCACGUUUCGAGGAGUCCUCCUGAGAAUUUUGGCACAAGUCACUGGAUUUUUGGGGGGGUCGUUGGUUUUUAAAUCGUCAAAUUCUCUGUCUCUACAAAAAAAAAAAAAAGAAAAAACAAAACAAACAAAACAACAAAACAAAGCUCAAACUGCCAUCAGGAGCUGAGAGCUGUUCCAUGGAGGAGGAGGAAGAGGAGGAGGGAGAGCAGAGCUGCAGCAGGACCAAGGCUCUGCUCCCAACGAAACGCAGCCGCCAAAGCUGGAGGAUGUGGUGGGUGCUUUUGUAUUUUUGAUGAAAAAAAAACAAAAAAAAGAGACAAUGACCAUUUGCAUGCCUUUGGGAAUGUUCUCCAUGUCUGUUCCUACGAGCUCUUUUAUCACUUAGGGCAGAUCUCAGAGCUGGCAGAGCAGGAUGUUGCUGCAUGAGAACCCCAGGCUCCUCCUCACCCCCGUCCCAUGGUGGGCUUUUAAUGGAAGGCAAAAUCAGGGUUCUGUGCACCCAGAGGGAGAUCAGCACCCCUGGCACUGAGACAAGAGCCUGGUUAAUGCCCAGCAGCAGCAGCAAGGCACGGAGAGCCCGUUCUACCCACUCACACCCUGAUGUCACAGCACGUCUGCCCCCACCACUGCCACUGCUCAUCCCCCCAAACCUCUGGGGCUCCAGCUUAGGGCCUUCCAGGAGAUUUUUAGGGGCAUGAAGGAGUUUUAGACUCCUGCUCCUCUCCUUGCACCCCUCACCCAGCUCUCCUGCAGCUCUGAAAUGUCCCUGGAGCUGCCUGGGGUCAGUUCUGCGAGUCGUUGUGUUAUUUUUUAAUGUUUUGUAUUUAAGGUAACAAGAAAACAGACUCUGCUCCUCCCACCCUGUCUGUAGGUACCACAGCCCCUGCCACGUCUUCCACAGCUCACAGAUCCCUCAGCCCAUCCCUGUGGGAUCCAAUCCCCAGAGCUCCCUCCAGGCUCCAUCCAGCCCCAGCCCUUCUCCUCCCUGCUCACCCCUCAUUGCUGUGGGGAUUUCCUGGGCUUGGCCCUCUGCCCACCCACCCAGACUAUGCAAAGCUCCACUGCCUGUUGUUUUAGUCAGGCUUUGUGACUCCUGGCCACGUCCAUUGGCUCCCUGAGUCUCUUUGAUCCAAACUUUGGGGACACACAACCAAGAGCUGCCCAGCCUUUCUGUUGUCUCCAGCAGACCUAAAAGCACUGAGAAAUGAGUGAGAAAUGUCCUUUGGGGCACUUCUGCUCCCUAACGCCAAUCUCCUGAAAAACACCCCAAAUUUAGACCAAAUUCAGUGCUUCCCAGGCCUUGUCUACAUGGAGAAUCCACCAAAAGCAACCUCACAACAUGGAAACUGCUUGGCACUGACUCCUUCUUGGGCUCUGAGUGGGCACAUGGGUUAGCACAGGGUAGGGGUGAGGUGUAAAUCCAGGCUCUACUCACCCUGUAGUAACUAAUGUUUCAUCUCUGUGAAAAUUCUCCUGUCACCUUUUUGAUUGCUCCUCUUUCAAGCGGUUUUUUUCCUGCAGACGUUGUUGGAAUCCAGGGGGUGAGAAAGCCAAAUCCCCCAGACACGCUGUCAACAUUUUUCUUUCCACUGAAAGGGAUUCCAGGGACUCACAGCAAUAGCACAUCACUACAGCACUUUCUCGGGCUCCAUUCCCAUCCACCCCUUUGCCAGCACUCCAUCACAAGCUGCUGGCAUCUAAAAUGGACCAAAUCUGCAACUUUUCUUUUGCAAUUUAUCUUUUGUGAGUUCAGCAAACAGGGACUGCUGAGCAUUGCUGGGUGGGAGCUCCCUCCUCCAUCCUCUGUCCAGGCACUGCAGCUUUUCCUCCUGAGCCCUUCAGAAACCAUCCCUUGGAUGUUCAAAUUUUCAUUUUAUGGCUGUUGAAAUCCCAUCAAAUCCCCCAAAGGUUUCCUUCUCUAACUCAUGGACCCAAAAGCUGCUUGCUGGGGAACGUGUGGGGUUGUUUUUGGAGCUAUGUAAGGGCAGUGCUGCCUGUCCCUGCACCUCCUGCCCUUUGCCCUUGGAGCUGCUGGAAUUCAGCUGAUGGGAAGAGCCCAGGAAGCUCCUCCUUGGGCAGGAAGGGCCCUUUUUCAGAGAAAAGUGCUGCAGGGAGUUAUAGGACAUGAGAGCGCCGAGCGUUUAUUAAGUAAGAAUUUAAAUGCUCUUUUAUCAUUAUAUAAAGCCUUUCAUCUAAAGUGCUUCUGUGCAUCCAAAGGAUCAAACCCUGCCACCCCCCACGAGGUGGGUUCACAUUACUGCUCUAAUUGCAGGGAUGGCAAAUGCUCAGGCACUGAGCAGCUCCCAAAUCAACCCCCUUUUCUUCCUCCUCCUUAACACAACCAAGUAUGAGCACGGAUUUCCUUGGAAUCUGGUUUUUUGGGGUUUUUUUAAAGUGGGAUCUAGACAAACUAUACCCCACUGUGGUUCCAAGUGGGAUUCCUGCAGCCACAGGAGGGAGGGGGCUUGGUGAGGCAGCUGCAGUGGUCCUUGCCAGGAGGAGUCCCAGGAUUCCCCUGCAUGCAGGAGAAGGAAGAAAAUUCCCCAAAAAACCCCAGGGUGAUGAUUUGUUUGGGCCUCCUGUCUCAUUGGACAGCUCAGGUGAUGCUUCUCACCUCACUAUGAAAUAUAACAAAAGAGAAGAACAAAGACUCUUGAAUCCCUUUCAUUCUAAAACCUUCCUGAAUAGAUACAAUUGUACUGCACCCUUAAAUUCAGCUUUUUUUCCUUAUCCCACAUUUAAAUCAGGAGAAAAUCCUCUACAGUUAUCUUUGACAAAAUCUUUGCUCUGCUUCUAACCUGCCUCUCUAGUUCUGGAGAAAUAAACUCUCCAGGGACAUCCAGAAAGUUCCUUCUCCCUGCUCCCCUAUCAACUUCUCCACACAUUUGCAGCCUGUUUUGCAAAGUUUUUGCCACUUUGCUCUCCCCUCCCCCGUGAUUUUAUCCCAGCUCAGCUCCCUCUUUGGCUCUUUUUGGGUGGAAUUUGCUCCUAUUUGUGAAGGAGGAGGUUGCAGAGCCCCCAGCCCUCAGCACAGACCUCAGCUGUGCUGUUACAGGGGGUGAUGAUGGCAGAACUCCACCAGGCACAGCCACCCCUUGGACCUCACCCACCAGGAGCUCAGCUUAACUCAGCUUUUAGCACAGCACAGAACCUGUGCCAUGAGCCCUUUCCUCUCCAGCCCCACCCAGCUGCAGUUUCUUAUCCCCCAGCCCUUUGCCACCUGCUGCAGCCUCCUCUGAGCACACAGGUCAGAAUUCUCCCUGCUUGCAGCUAAAACAACAAAACCCUCAGGCUCUGGCCAGCUUCUCCCCCUGGUGAAGGGAAGGUGAGAGCACGGUGACAAUGCAGCCCUACCUGACAGGGGAGCUGAGCUGGUAGGAGGAGAGCUCAAGGGAUGGAGAAGGUGGGAAAUGUCUCUAAAUGUAAGCUGGAGUAGGAGUUAGGAUCGACAAGUGUGAGGUCCUGGUGGGAUGUAAAUACAGGGAAGGAGGCUUGGAUUAGAGCACAGGGCUGGUGGCACCUCUGGCACUGCUGCCCCUGGGGUUCUUUGCCAGGAUUUGGGGCAGAGCUGGGCUCUGUGGGAUGGCACAGAAGAGCUGCUGGCUGCAGCAAGGCUGGAUUGAAGCUUUAAGCUGAACCAGCAAGGAACUUGGCUGGGUUUUGCAGCAGCUCCUGGUGGGCUGCAGUGGCUGAGGGUCAGGAAAGGUCUGGCCAGGUCAGUGGGUCACUGCUGGGUGCUGCCAGCACACACCACAGGGAUCUGAGCACCACCAGGGCAAAGAAAGCCACCAAAGCCUUUCAAACUUUGCUCUGUUAAGGAUGGGUUUGCUUUUUCUGGCCGAUGUCUCACCUGUUCCAGUUCACUCCUCUCUCCCCUCCCUUUGCUGUCCCCUCAGCAUUCCCACCCCAGAGCAUCCCUGAGUCCCACAGCUCCUCCCUCUGCCUCUCCUUGAACCCAGGCAGCUCCUGCUGCAAUGAGAUCUCCUCUCUGGGCUCUGCUGGAGGGUGACAGAGGGCAGGAGCCUCUGACCCAGCUCCUGCAGGCUCCAGCACGCGGUGCCCGACCUUCCCUGCACAGAUUUCUCCAUGUAGACAAGGGGAGCAGAUCCUGCCUUUGAUAUGAAAUGAAAUCUUCCUUUCCCUUCACUCAGAGCCCAGGGAGAGGCUGCAGAAAGGCACCACUGGGCUGGCCCCACCCCUGCCCUGUCGCUUUGUGACUCCUCACACAACCACAGCCAGGGUUGCACUGUGAGGCUGAAAUAAUUCAGAUUUAAGCUCGUUUUCCUUUCGGUAUACAGCCUUUAAUUUUGGCAAAAACCAGUUAGGUUUGGACUGAAAAACUCCCCUGCUUGGGCACAAGCCAAGGGGGUGGUGGGGGGAGGGAAGCAGCCUUUUCAAAGUGGGAAUAUUUGUAAAGCAUUUGCUGACACCAGUAGGUAGCAAAAUUCCAACCUAUAAAUACCCAUCCAGGAUAAGAAACAUCAGAAAGGGAACGUGUGCAGGAUUCACCAAGGCAACCCUGACACCACCUGGGAGCCCUCGUUAGAAAGUGCCAGGACCUCAUCCUUGGCAUGGAAGUGCAGGGUCCAUCCCCACUGGGAGAGCCACAGCUCACACACAGCAUGAACACACCAGGAAUUGCAGCUGGGUGCUUCUCUUUGCUGACAAAUGUUUCUUUUUCUGCAGGAUGGUAUGGUAUAUCUUAUAUACUUUCUUUGUAUUUCUUGGCAUGAGAAAAAAAAAAUUAAAAUGUAACAUGCAUGGUCAAA